AUGCCUGCAUCGAGACGUCCGGGCAAACUUAGCACUCGCUCCACAUCUUGGAACUACUCUAAUGCAGAAUCCUUCAACGAUGACAUGUACUCAAACAUGACCUUCUACGACCCACACAGCCCACCAUCCUACGCAACCCUGCCCAAGAACUUCAACAAAAGACAACGCAAAACAGAAGCACUAUCACCAUACCACGACACGAAGAGACUGCUAGACGGCCAUACCAGCGACUCAGGCUACGACUCCACCGACGACUCCACAACUCCAGAACCAGACUCCUGGCGUCCUCCAACUCGCCAGAACACACUUCUCAGACAUCCCACCAACGACCGUAGCUGCAGAUCAGACUAUUACUCCAUCGAAAGGCUAUCAGCAGACGCCAUCACACCACUCAGCAUCGAGCACGGCAUAGGUUCAAGCCCAAACAACACUUCCAUCUCCUUCAUCUGCUCCAUGCAACCACUAUCCCUCUUUCCUCCCUCGGCCACCUCGAACAACAAGAAACGCCGUCGAAUCAUCACCAACAACGACUUUUCAAAAUCAGAUGCAGAUCCAUUGACCUACAUCCGCGACAAUUGCGAAAACGCAACCAGAGCACUGUCAAGUCAUCGCAAGCUUCACAAUUGUGAUUGUGACUUUGCGUGGUUGGAUGAUAGGAAGAGAGGUACGGGGACUGUGAGGAAGGGAGCAAAGGUCGACGAGAAACUCGGGCCGAUGAGGCCGUGCAAGAAGACUUGGUUUACUGGGUGGUUUGUUAGACAGCAUUUGGCCUAUCAUGAUCGCUAUUGUGCAUGUUCAUGCUUCGGGGUCAAGCAUUGA